AUGAGUCGGACGGAGGCCGACCUGGCCAUUAAUAUUCGAAAGGCCACCAGCAUUGAGGAAACUGCGCCGAAACGAAAACAUGUGCGGAGUUGUAUCGUGUACACGUGGGACCACAAGUCGUCAGCGGCCUUUUGGGCAGGCAUGAAAGUUCAGCCUGUUCUCGCCGACGAGGUCCAGACGUUUAAGGCUCUCAUUACCAUCCACAAGGUUCUCCAAGAAGGCCACCCCAUUGUCGUGCGGGAGGCACAGCAACAUGCCAAUUGGAUCGAUAGUUUGAUGCGAGGAGUUGGAGGUGACGGUGUUCGAGGAUACGCUCCGUUGAUUCGCGAAUAUGUCUUUUUCCUCGAGUCGAAGCUGAAUUUCCACCGCAACCACCCCGAAUUUAAUGGCCUGUUCGAAUACGAGGAGUACAUUAGUUUGAAGACGAUCAAUGAUCCGAAUGAAGGCUACGAGACCAUUACCGAUCUCAUGACCUUGCAAGACCAGAUCGAUUCUUUCCAGAAACUCAUCUUCUCCAACUUCCAGUCAGGAACAAAUAAUGAGUGCCGUAUCUCUGCGCUGGUGGGUCUCGUGCAGGAGAGCUAUGGUAUUUACAAGUUCAUUACGAGCAUGUUGAGAGCCAUGCACACAACAACUGGAGAUGACGAGGCUCUCGAGCCACUCCGCGGCCGUUACGAUUCCCAGCACUAUCGUCUCGUUCGGUUCUACUACGAAUGUUCUAACUUGCGCUACCUCACUAGUCUGAUCACCAUUCCCAAAUUGCCUCAGGAUCCCCCCAACCUUCUUGGAGAGGACGAUCGCCCUGCCCUCCCCCGACGACCGGCGAAGGAAGUCGAAGCGCAACCCUCGCCCCCACCCAAGGUGGCUGCCGAACCAGAGCCCAUCAAUGAUUUCUGGACGAACGAGGCCAAGCGCCAACAAGAAGAGUAUGAGGCGGAACAAGCGCGUCUCCAGCAACAGUGGGAGCAGCAGCAGCGGGAGCAGAUGCGUGCUCAGCAGGAGGCCCAGUCGAACUUUGAGGCGGAGCAGGCGCGGCAACUUCGAGCCCAGCAGGAAGCACAGGAGCAGCUUCUCAGGGACCAGUUUUCCACACACACCCAGGGCCGUUUGGCCGAGCUGGAACAAGAGAACCUAAACGCUCGUGCUCAGUACGAGCGGGACCAGCUGAUGCUGCAGCAGUACGAUCGCCGUGUGAAGGACUUGGAGGGACAGAUGAAUCAAUUGAACUCCAACCUCAACUUACAGAGUGCCUCCAAGGACGAGCAGAUUCGCUCUCUACAGGAGCAAGUGAACACUUGGCGGUCAAAGUAUGAGGCUUUGGCCAAGCUCUAUUCGCAGUUGCGACAGGAGCAUCUGGAUCUCCUGCAGACCACCAAGAGCCUUAAACUCAAGGCAGCAUCAGCACAAGAAGCCAUUGAGCGUCGCGAGAAGUUAGAGCGCGAGCUUAAGACCAAGAACCUGGAGCUUGCUGAUAUGAUCCGUGAGCGUGAUCGUGCCUUGCACGACCGGGAUCGUUUGACUGGUACCAACAAGGAUGAGUUGGAGAAGGUAAAGCGGGAGCUUCGCAUGGCGCUCGAACGAGCCGAGAAUGCCGAGCGAUCAAAGGGCACGGAGAUUUCCACUAUGCUGUCCAAGUAUAACCGUGAGAUGGCCGAUUUGGAAGAGGCUCUAAGAAACAAAACUCGGGCCCUUGAAGAUGUCUCCAACCGUAAGUCGGAGUGGGAUGGAGAUCACGAAUUGUCUCUUCGUGAGAAGGACGAGGAGAUCGAGGUCUACAAGUCUGGCAUGGAGCAAGCUUUGAUGGAGCUCGAGGAACUCCGGCUGAACCAAGGUGAUACCGAUCAUGCCCUGGACAGCCAGAUUGACACAGUUCUCCACGGCACCGUGGCCAAGAUCAACGACAUCAUUGAUUCUGUGCUACAGGCCGGUGUGCAGCGCGUGGAUGAUUCUCUGUACGAGCUCGACUCCUCCAUGCAAGCCGGUAAUCAGAACGCGUCGCCACCUUAUGUGCUUUCGCAGAUUGAGAAGGCCUCUGCGUCGGCCACUGAGUUCUCCACUGCAUUCAACAACUUUAUUGCAGACGGCCCUAAUAGCCCUCAUGCUGAAAUCAUUCGCACUGUAUCCGUCUUUUCCGGAUCCGUUGCUGACACACUGAGCAACACCAAGGGAUUGUCCCGCUUCGCCAACGAUGACAAGAGCUCUGACCAGCUAUUCAAUGCAGCCCGCAAAUCGGCCCAGGCCACUGUGCGCUUCUUCCGUGGUCUACAGUCCUUCCGCCUUGAGGGCAUGGAGCCACUGCAGAAGACUGAUGUUGUCAUUAACAACAAUCUGGAAGUGCAGCGAGAUCUCCAGUCGCUUUCGAAGCUGGUUGAAUCCUUCUCACCUAAGAGCAGCAAGAUCAGCACUAACGGCGAUCUGGGAGAUCUUGUAGACCAGGAGCUGAACCGGGCUGCUGAUGCUAUUGAAGCCGCUGCCCAGCGUCUGGCUAAGUUGAAGAACAAACCCCGUGAUGGCUACUCGACUUACGAGCUACGCAUCAACGAUGCAAUUUUGGCGGCUGCUAUUGCCGUGACCAAUGCCAUCGCCGAGCUGAUCAAGGCUGCUACUGAGACACAACAGGAGAUUGUGCGUGAGGGCCGUGGAAGCUCGUCCCGCACAGCUUUCUACAAGAAGAACAAUCGCUGGACCGAGGGUCUCAUCUCUGCAGCCAAGGCAGUUGCCGGUUCUACUAACACCCUGAUCGAAACCGCCGAUGGUGUUAUUUCGGGCCGUAACUCUCCUGAGCAGCUUAUUGUUGCCUCCAACGAUGUUGCUGCGAGCACCGCCCAGCUGGUGGCUGCCAGUCGUGUCAAGGCCACCUUUAUGAGCAAGACUCAGGACCGACUGGAGACAGCCAGCAAGGCCGUGGGGGCUGCAUGCCGUGCCCUGGUGCGUCAGGUGCAGGACAUCAUCAAGGAGAAGCACAGCGGCGACAACGAAGCCGAGGAUUACACGACCCUGAGCUCACACGAGUUCAAGGUGCGCGAGAUGGAGCAACAGGUCGAAAUUCUCCAACUCGAGAACAACCUCGCCCGUGCCCGCACGCGCCUUGGCGAGAUGCGCAAGAUCUCAUACCAAGAAGAAUAA